AUGUUGCAGCCCAUCAGACGUGGAAUUUCUGGAGGGAAUUUCCAACAAAGAGCUUCGACAAAGCUAACAGUUAUCAACUCACUGCUUGGACAUCCCAUACGUCAGAGUUUACACAUAAAAGUUGGAGACAAAGCCGAACUUACCAAAGCUUUUACACAGAAUGAUGUUGUUACUUUUUCUGAUUUAACAGGUGACACAAAUCCUUUGCAUUUAAAUGAAGAUUUUGCAAAGAAAUCUAGGUUUGGGAGAACUAUUGUACAUGGAGUUUUGAUCAAUGGACUUAUUUCUGCAGUUCUGGGUACUAAAAUGCCUGGUAAAGGAUGUGUAUUUCUUUCUCAGGAGAUCCGAUUUCCAGCUCCUUUGUAUACUGGUGAAGAAGUCAUAGCUGCAGCAGAAGUUAAACGACUGAAGGGUUCUAUUGCACACAUUGCAGUAUCAUGUAAAGUCAAAGAAAGGGAAAAGACUGUUAUGGAAGGGAUGGUGAAAGUCAUGGUGUCAGACAGUUAGAGCUGUUGAUCCUGUGCUACUUUACUAUAAAGGCCAGAAACGUACGCUUGAUUUUGACUCUGUCUUUUUAUGCGACAUCACUUAAUCCAGUAAAUUUGCAACAAAAAACCUUCAAAAUGUUUCAAAGACAGUGCACAAACUUAAUCUUGCUAGAACUGCAUUAAACUUAGAGCUUUUCAUUUUUGCCUGCGUACUGCCAAGAUGAAACCAACGGAACUAGGCACUUACUGUGGCAAAAGACAAGCAGGGGCAAUUUUGUUGAGUACUAACUAUGUGGCUUCUCUCUGCUUACUUGACUGUGUGAAUAUGUAUUCCCCUUUGCCCACUGAAGGUACCUUGGUUGUUGGUAAAGUAGGCUUUUGGUAAAUUCAUUAGUAAAUCAUCCGGGUUAAAUUAUUUUAGUACUGACAUAAGAUUAUAAUACACUAAGAAACUUUUUUCAGGAAUGAUGGGGACUAUCAGGAGUAAAAGUACAGGCUGUCUUCAGUUGGUGGCUCAUUAUUUUUCUGGCAAAACAUGUUAUCCCUCCAUCUCCUCUGCAGCAGAAAUGCAUUUGUAACUUUUCUUGACUGCAAAUAACCUCAGAAAUUGUUUGCUACGAAAAGAGAGUUUGUCCUCAAACUGUGACGAAAGCUACUGGUAAAACAGUUACACUGUCUGGGUGUGAUGUCUUGUUCUUAAAUGCAACUGCACUCUAACAACAAACCCCAGGUGUUAAG